AUGGCUGCAAGUAUCCGGCCUAUCGUCAAAAUUCGACCAGCCAUAUUCCCAGCCGACAAGGAAGCCGUGAAAGAAUUAUUUCUCGCGUACGAGCAAUUCCUCCUUGACUUCGCCGAUGUUAAGCUCGAUUUCCAAAACUUUGACCACGAAGUCGCAAGCCUACCUGGAAAGUACGCCGUGGAGAACGACGGUGCGCUGUAUCUUGCGUACAUCGAGAUGCCUACAUCCCACGAUCGACCUGCGAUAGAAAAAACUGUUGGCUGUAUGGGUUUGCGUGCGUUCACCGCUUCGCAAAGUGGCGAGCUCAAACGUCUCUAUCUCACACCGGAGUCUCGAGGACUGGGAGUUAGCAAGCUGUUGAUGGACGUCGCCAUUGCUAGAGCACGGGAGUUAGGAUAUAAAGAGAUCCUCCUCGACACAUUGAGCAGCAUGGCAACUGCAAGAAAGCUGUAUGAAAAGUACGGGUUUGUGGAGGUUCCCGCGUACUACGAGAGCCACCCUGACGCUGUAUUCUAUCAACUCGAGCUCUGA